AUAUUUUCAUUAAAUGACCCAACCAGAACAAAUACACUCUUUUCACACACGCACAUACGCUCAUCACCCUUCUAUUCUUCUCCACACAGUGGCAGGAAGUUGUCCAGAUAUCCGCAGGGCCUCUGAAAAAAAAAACACCAGUGUGAAUGGACAGAGUGGGCUGGGUGUCGGUGUGGAUGGAGCUGAGGUGACUUCUCUCUCUCUGUGUGUUAAGUCUUUCAUCGUGAACAGCAGGACUUGAGCUCCACAUUUACAACUGGAGUCCCAGCUGAGUUUGUUCAGAGCUCACCAAACAUCUGGACCGGACCACAGCUGUCGACCCGAUCGGUCCUGGGAUGUGGACGCUGAGGACGUUUGUGCUGCUGGGACUGAGCUGGGCAUGCCAAGCUUUGUCUGGUGAUCCAUGGGGUCAGUGUCCAGUCAACAGAAAGUGUAAAGAGAAGUUCAGGGACGGGACAUGUGAUCGAGACUGUAAGGAGGCCGACUGUCUCCGAGACGGCUUUGACUGUUUAACAGACCGGGGUUCAUGCAACCCAGGCCACAUCCAGUAUUGUCGUAAUCACUAUGGCAACUCCUUGUGCGACCACGGCUGUGAUAGCGCCCCCUGCGGGUGGGAUGGCAGUGACUGCAUCACCCAGCAGAGCCCCCAGUGGGCGAUGGGCACCCUGGUCCUCCACACCAACAUCCCCCUCCAACAGGGCACCUUCUCCAACAGCUCCCUCCUUUGGGCGCUCAGUGUCCUCCUUCAGUCGCCCCUCAUACUAAGAGGCUCCGCCCCCCUCGCCGCCAACAGGAACCUGUUUGACUUUGAGCCUCAGCAGCUCGCAGACCUGUUGGCUCAGGCGUCGCCGGCUGACGCUAACGGAUCCCUCCUUUUCCUCCAAGUGGACAACAGACCCUGCUCCUCCCUUCCCUCUACCUGUUUCCCCUACGCCACCGAGGCCGGCAGUUUCCUCCGUGCCGUCAUGCUGCUGAGGCCGUCCUCAUUCUCCACGCUGCCGGAGCUGAAGGCCGUCAUUAGUGUAAGAGGCAUCCGAGAGGAAAUAGGAAGCAGAGAGGAGGAAAGAGUGGAAAAGGAUGUUGAAGAACCAACUCCUGCGUGGAUAUGGGCUGUGGUUGCCAUAGCGAUCGGCCUGCUCCUGGUCCUGGCCCUGGUGGUCUUCCUGGUGGCGAGGAGGGUGAGGCAGCAGUGGGUGGACAGGGAGGUCAACAACAGGGUGAGACACCGGCCCACGGCCUCGGAAAAGGACGGCAAAUCCAAAGUGUGGACAAUGCACGCGGUCCAGCAGGAGCAGAGGGUCCGGACCAGCAGAGACAAGGACCGGCUCGGACUCAGGAAAAAGAAGAAAGCAAAGGAAGCAGAGAAGAAAAGACGGAGGGAGCCGCUGGGGGAGGACGCCAUUCGAAUGAGACCUCUGAAGAGGGAUCAGGACAUCGGCAGUGACACUGACUUUACCCAGAGUUCAAUGGAAGACAUCAGUGCUCGAUGUUCCAAGCGACAGGAGGACACGACCAUCUGUGACCACCGGACCCCCGAGCAGAAACAGUACCGGGCCGGACCCUCUCAGACACGGAGGGCCAUACAGCCUCCACCCAGAGGAUGGGAGAGGAACGCCAUGCCCCCUCCUCUGCUCAGUCCUCCUCAACAGUCGGCUGAGUGGUGUGGUCCAGAUGGUUCUGUGGUUCUGAUCCGAGCAGUGCGAAGCGGUCUGGACAGGGUGGUUCUGGAGCUGCUACGGGCCGGAGUACCGGUCAACAACACUGACCACACAGGGAGAUCAGCCCUGCACUGGGCAUGCUCAGUAAACCACCUGUCCUUAACCAGGACGCUCAUUCGCUAUGGGGCCGCGGUGGACCUGCAAGACAACAAGGGUGAAACACCACUUUUCCUCUCCGCCCUUCAUGGUUGCUAUGACACUGCCAGACUCCUCCUCCUUCACGGUGCCAAUUUGGAGCUUCAUGACCGGAGGGGGCGUCGGCCAAUCGACGUUGCCAGAGAGGGCAUGCACCACCAGGUCCUGGAGCUCCUCCUAGCCCACCAGAUCCAACGGGUGCCUGUUCCUGUAGAAUCGACCAAUGAAAUGCUGUGGGAGGAGCGUGCUCUGAUGUACUCACCGUGGGUGGGAUCUCAAGGCCUACCUGGAAGAAGUGCAUCCUUCUCUGGGAUCAUAGCACAUCGAGACAUGACUCCGCCCCCACAAAGUGAUUGGUCGAUGAGCAGAGUCCAGUACCCCUCCCCUCAGAACUGGCGACCACAGCUAAACCAAUCAGCAACAGCGCUGGUCCCUCCGAGGAUCAUGGGCCGCUCCCCUCGCCCAAUCAGCACCUUACAGGAAGUGACAUCAGAAGACGAGGACCGCGAGAGGCAUCAUGACGCCCCCAGAGCAGUGACGCCUCAUUUCCUGUCGCCCCAACCUGCCCCUCGCCAGCGCUCCUUCUCCUGCACCCAGCAUGCACUGCAGCGCCGCCCCAGUGCCCCACAGCCAGAGCCCAAUUAUGUCAUCGUAACAGGCCAAACAGCCAAUGAGCCCAUAGAGAGAGUGGUCGUGUCCCCGCCCACAGAAGCUGCCAGCCAAUCAGAGCGCCCCUCUGUCAUAAACGUUGACAGUCCCAGUAGAACUGAAGAGUCAUCGGUGAGUUCAGUGAAUACGGAGCAGAAAACCAGAGGUGAAAGGUCAAACAACGCCAAUGACUCCACACAAACAGCUCUGUAAACAUGGGAAAACCAAAAAGAUGUUUUAAUUCCUUCCAUUCAAGCCUUCUAGAGACAUAAUAACUUAUAGUGAUCCAGUAAAGCCACGCCCAGAAAGUGUUUUGAUCAGUCCUGAAGCUCUUAUAAGGAAGCACAGAACAGUAAGACGUAGCAUAACUGUCAUGGUUAUGAUACAUAUUUUAGUAUACGAACCCUAUUUUAAUCCAUACUUUUGAGCUUCAGCAUGAAACAGCUGUUUGAAUGAAAGGUUUUGUUAGAAGACAAUUUCAAUAUUAAGCAGAACUUUUACAUUUGAACACAAAAACCUACAGAUCAGUGAAUAUGUCAUACUGUUCUUCCCACAUGAAAAUGUAAUAUAAUGUCCUAUGACCCUAUUGGAUGAAUAUCACAUACUUCCUCUGGAUAUUUGGAGAUACAUGUUUAUUAGAUGUGUAUAUAACAUAAACAUGGUCAUAUUUCUCUAUGUGCAUAUAGUAUAUCAGUACAUGAAAGUGUUUUGAUUUAUAAUACGUUUCAUAUAUAUACUUUGUACAUAUAUAAAAUAUUUUUUAUUUCAUAUGUACAUAUACAGUAUUUCAUACACAGAAAAUCAGUGUAUAUACAUAUAGGACAUUUGCAUAUUUUGCCAGGUAAGUAUUGUGACAAACCUGUAACGGCAGAUAAUCUGAAAUGUUGCAAAUGCACAGACUUAAAUUUUUUUGUGUUUUUGCAAUGUAAGUGUACAGUAUUUUUAAGUGAUCCAGCUGUUUUCUGGACAGGACAUACAGAGCCGACACAACAAACUGAUGAACUUAUUGUCACAUUCAUCUGCUUUGUCUGAAUGUAUGAUUGACUGUAAAGUGCUGACUCUUAUCAUUACUGUGAUACAGUUUUGAAUGCUUCCCUUUCUGCAUUUUAAAUACUUCCUUCACAUUUGUUGCACUUUUUUCUUGAAGCUGUAGUAUUUAUAGAUUAUGUAUUUGUAUAAUCUUACAUAGACAGCACCAACUCCCCCAUGACUGUAAAAGACUCAGGUUCAUCAAUGAACAAAUGCAGAAGUCACAGGGUGCUGAACCAAGGUCCAAAGUCAGAAGUCGCUCUCUUAUAAACCUGUUGUAUUGAGUUGUUUCAACUAAAAUCAUUUGGCCACCAUGGAUCAGCCUUUUUAGAGGAUGAGGUUGGUUUUCUGUUUCACUCCAACUGACAUCAUCACAGAGAAAUGAAGCUGUUUAACACAAAGAUGUCAAUUGAUGUAUGCAAUAAAGUGAGUUUUAAACCGCAAUAGUUAAAUAUAUGUUGUUUGUUUACAAAA